AUGUACUUUGAUAGCAGGGCCUACCAGGCCAGAAAGCAACCGUCAUAUCGUGAGCACGGCACUUCGCCGACCAGCGCCGCUUCGGCAGGCAACGGUCAGAUGGAUGGUCAAGCAACCAGCCCGGACACAGAGCUGGAUCGCUUCCUUUUAGAACGCGAGAGAGCGGGCGACAAGUCCUUUGCGAUGCUCUCGGAAAGGCAAUCCUUCGAACCUGAUCCUGAAGUGGCUUCGCAUCUGUCGACUGGGUCUUUGGAUCCUGCUGUUACAGGUUCUGCAGCUGAAGUUCGGCAGCAAAGCGGCCGAUCGGAUCAGGAAGGACGAAGCGCUGGUAUUGAUCUCGAGAGCUGUUUUGCUGACUGCUGGCGGCGAAUUAUCAGUGCUUGCGAGUGGGUUUUGGGCGUCAGUGCAGGUGAGGUGGAUUUUGUACCGAACACUGGUGGCAACUCUGCUUCGGAACCUGGCUGGGAGAGCUAUACCACUACAACGUCUACAGUUGGACGACAGAACGUUGCGACUCUUGGCGUGAUGCGCUCUCCAGGCGAUGAGCUUGCUUUGGUCGAACCUGGGCUUGGACGCGACGCUGCUGGCGACAUCGGAUUGGUUACAACGAAUACCGGACUUGGACGCGAUACGGCUGGAGACAUCGAACUGGCUACAGCGAACUCCGGACUUGGACGUGGCGUUGCUGGUGACAUCGAAUUGUCUGCGACGAACACCGAAUUUGGACGUGGUUUUACUUCGCUGGCUGGCACGUGGUCGGACUCGAAAUCCGGAUUGGAGCGCGGCGUCGCGGCGGACGCUGGACUCGGUCGAGCGCUGACACACGUACCAGGCGGCGAUCCACGUUUGGCCUCUGACUUUGGACUGGCGCGUGCCCUUACUUCGGUUGCUGGAAGCGAGCUGCUGUUGAGUGAUCCCAAGACCGACGCGGAAGUUGAUCGUUCACCCGUAGUUGUCGCUGCUGUAGAGGUAGUUUCGGCCAACACGGCCAUUGCGGGUAUGACUGGAAGGUCCUUAAGCAUGCUUGGGUCCUUAUUUAAUAAGCUCCCCCUUCAACCCUUCCGUAAUGUUGUACUUGACGACUCAGGGCAGCUCGGCGACAAGCAAGCGCAACACCAAGACGGGCAGAUGCAACAACAUGCACACGUCACAAAGCAGCCUCACAGCACCUCCACUUUUCCCCGAGCUCCAGCAGAACACGCGGCAGCAUACGAAGGAAAAGAGAACAUACAUGGGCUGGAUGACAACAAGUUCCCGGAGGCACACCUGUCCGAGUUGUAUGGCGAGCCUCCUUUCCAUGACGUGAUCGGGCAUACAAAUCAUGCAGAGACUCCUUUCCAUGACGUGAUCGGGCAUACAAAGCAUGCAGAGACUCCGUUCCAUGAGGUGAUCGGGCGUACAAAGCAGACAGAGCUUCCGUUCCAUGGGGCGAUCGGGCAUAUAAAACAUCAGGUCAAUGGCGCAGAGCUCUCGUUCCAAGACGUUGUCGGGCUGCCACAUUUCAAUCCGACAGGCAGCGAAGUUGAGGUUUUCAACACAGAGCAGGGGAUGACCGCAUCGACAACAAUCGAGAUGGACAACUUGCGCUUUGCACUUGAUCACACCGACGCGGACUACUCUUUCCGAUCCUGGCUUGCAGACGUGGUAUUGUGGGCUGGAGCAACCGACCUAGAAGCUGAACGCCAUGGGCCGGCGGUGGCGAUGCAAGUGCAUGGUGCGGCUCGCGAGGUGGUUCGCGAGAUACCUGCUGAACUCCUUCGAAACGGCCGAGUGAAUGCUCAAGGUCAAGUGGAGACUGGCUUGAUGGUACUCAUGCGCACUUUGGCGGAACGCUACAGCCCCCUGGAAGUGGAAUCAAGUACACGCAGCAUUGCCGAGCUCAUCAACCUCCGACGCAUCCAUGGCGAAUCAAUGGAUUCUUAUCUUACUCGCUUCGAUGUGCUACGCAACAGAGCGCAAAACCGCGGCAACAUGCAGAUGGGCAUUCCUGGAUUGGCGUGGAUGUUGUUGAAUGGACUUCGGGCCACUCCCGACGUCUGGGAUCGGGCCCUCAUGCCUUUCAACGGCAAUCUGCCUCAGGACAAUGCGCAGCUGGCCAUGUUGAUCGAGCGUCUACGCCGACAAGGGCAUCUACAUGAACAGCACGGCAUAGCUCAGCUUGGGCGAGAAGCAGCCAUGCGGCAAGGAGCGAUGGGCGGCAACGCCACCUUCUUCUUUCCUACUUUCCAGGACAACGUCAACAAUGGCGGUGGUACUGGUCGCGAGGACACGACGGGCGGCUUCGCGCAUUAUCCGGUCGGAGAAGCUGGGUAUGAUGGUGGGGCCGAUGCUACAUCCUGUCCUAUGUGCGGUCAAUACUAUGGUGGCGAAGACAGUUCGGAAACCUCGUCUGAUGAUGGUCACGAUUCUUAUUUCGGCGAAUCCGCGGCUGGCAACAUGGAUCCGAAUGAGCUGGGCAAUGUUCUCCACAACGACUACCACAUGUCAAAGAAACGAUGGCGACGAUUCCAGAACAAGGCGCCUAAACGAAGGCGUCGAUUUGGAAAAGGGAACUUUGGCAAGGGCCCGGCUUUCGCGUCGUUUCUUCCUGCACGAGCUUUCGCUGGCGGAAAAGGAAAGGGAGGCGGUGGCAAGAGCCGUCGCAACCCCACCGAUGCCAGUGGUCGUGUACUACGCUGCCACAGUUGUGGAUCUGAAGAGCACCUCAUCAAGAACUGUCCGAACAAUCGCGGCGCGGCACACAUGGCGACUUCAUCGUCUACGGCGGCUCACCUGGCGAUGGGCAGUGGUGGUGGUGCUGCUCCUGGCGGUUACGCAGCCAUGUCCUCUUGGCACACGCGGGCGACGGAUCUCGAUGACUUGGUCCAGAUGUUGCCAAAGAGGUCGCGACAUGGCGAUGGCGGAACCAGUUCCGACGGUCGAGUGGAACAGUUGCUUCCUGGAGCUUCCGAACCAAAGCAUCCUCCUCCUACCUGGGCACCGACAUUUCCUUCGAGCAGCGCGCCACCUACCUGGACGGCAACCACGGCGGCUCCGACGAUGAUAUCUGGAUUCACGACAGUUCCGGCCUCGGCCCCUCCUCGAGCAGUCAGCGUGCAGUCUGGAACUGAUCAGUAUUCGGAUGUGGGCAGCAGUGCCAGUCAGACGCAGGCGGACCGCCGCUCCGCUGUCGAACGCAACGUGCUUGGGCUAUCUCAGUUGCUACAUGGCGGUGGUCGUGGUGCCGGGGGCGGCUUUCACUUUCCGUGGUGGCAUUCCGACAAUCCGGUGGAUAUGGUUUACCAUGCCAAGACUCGCUUGAAGGGCGGCAAGGCCGCUUUGUUGGUCGACCCGGGCGCACACGGCAACUUGGUGGGCAGCGAUACAAUGGCUCAGCUGGUUGCACAGGCGGCGACUUUUGGCCAUUCUUCUCGACGACGUCGACUUCCGAAGCAGAUGUCGGUCGAGGGCGUGGGCAAACAGGCACAAGUCGCUCAGAACGAGGAAGAGGUGGCCAUUGGUUUCCGCGACGACAAUGGCAAGCUUCACUUGGGCAAGUUCUCGGCCCCGGUGAUUGAAGGGAGUGCUCUUCCUCCUCUUUGGGGACGACAGUCGCUAGCAGUUCAGAAGGCGGUGCUCGAUUUGGGCAACAAUCGAUUGGUGCUACCCGGACCUGGCGGCAUCGAUAUGCGGCUAUCCCCUGGAAGUAUGUCCCUGCCUCUCACACUUUCGGAGUCAGGGCAUUUGCUUCUUGAAGUGCAUCACUUUGAUGGCAAGCAAGGUGGACGCUCCUCUGAAGAUGUGCACACCUUCAGUGCGAGCAAGAAGACCGAAGGCAAGACCAAGUUGGAUGGCAAGGGCGCGCAGGCGUCCAACUGA